AUGACAAUUCAAGAAUCCGGAGAUCCUAUCCGAAUGCUGGUUCUGGAGACAGAUUCGCCACAUCCAGAAGUCAAGGAGAAUAAGGGUGGAUAUAGUGAUAUUCUAAACUCAUUAUUUAAACAGGCUGGGAAAGAACACGAUCCACCAUUGGAGAUAGAGACAGAAAUGCAUUAUGUUGUUGAUGAUCCUGAAAAUGGUCAUUAUGGGCAUUCUCCCAAGGUUUCCGAUAUUGAUCCAUCUAUCAAUGCAAUAUUGAUCACAGGGAGCAUGUACGAUGCUCAUGGGGACAAUCCAUGGAUUAAAGAGCUGCUACAUUUUUUGCGAACUUUGUGGAUUGAACGGAAGGAUAUGAAAUUUAGUGGUGUUUGUUUCGGUCACCAGAUAUUGUCACGGGCAUUGGGAGCAAAAGUGGAACAAGAACCAGCCGGGAAUUGGGAAUUGGCACAUACGCCAAUGGAUCUGACUCCUGUUGGCCAAAGAUUAUUCAAGACGAAAGACAAAAAACUCAGUCUACACCAAAUGCAUCAGGAUCAGGUGACUACCGUUCCCUCGGCAUCGACAACUGAUUUGCUCUCUGAGGAUGACAGAGUUGAGGUCUGGGCCAGUACGGAACAUACAAAGAUUCAAGGUCUGUACUUGAGGGAAAGGCUGUUUACCAGUCAGGGACAUCUGGGGUUUGAUGAACAAGUUGUACAUCGUGAGAUCGAUAUGCGUGUUGAGAGUGGUGGAAUUGAGGAUAUGAACGUAGCGGAGCAAGGAAAAGACACCGCGCAUCUAAGACACGAUGGAAUCAAGGUUGCUGGCGCAAUUUUGAGGUUUUUCUACGGAGACGAUCGGGAUAUUCAGGGAAGAGAGUCAGAGCAAAGGUAG